AGGAUAUCCCCUCCAGGAGGCAAAUACGCUGGAGAAGUCAAACUGUCGGUGCGUUUCUCUGCCACCUGACCACCAGUUGUGAUUUUAAAUUAUCCAGGACGAGGUGUGAGCUUUUUUUUCGUCGCGCGUGUUUCCAUGACAACGUGAUGUAUUCUCGCGGUGCGUUGCUGCUACUUUGUUGCUUGUUCUUGAUACUGGCUGGCCACUGUCACGAGGAAAAUGUCAGCACCGUCACGGAGGAGAACGCGCUAGCAAAAUUGGUUAAAAUGUUCUCCAAGCCUGGAGCGUUUAAACGAAUUAACGCAAUAUUCGGUGAAAAUUCGAUCGAGGAGCUGUACACGUCUUGCCCGAAAGGCGAGGAGGGUCUCGAAUGUAGAAGAGCCGAGGCCAGACGAUCCGUUGACUGUCCUGAAGGUGACUGUUACUGCUACAAUUGCGCCGCAGCUGGUCCUGAGUUAUGGGCAUCCUGUUGUCGUGAAAGCUUGCGAUGCUGUUCACAUCUCGCGGCGGCCUGUCGAACCUGCGACCAUCCGACGUUGUAUCCGUUUUGCUCAAAACACUUUAAGAAAUGUCUGGUCGAGUUCAAUGAAGAGAAGCAAAAUUAAUAUUUGUUUCUCUAUAUCUUGAUGAAUCCUAGUUUCCCGCGUUUCAAUUGAAACAAAAUAAUGAUUCUACGAGAUAUAAGAAAACAGGAUAAAUCAUUAUACAGUGGCUCGUGAAGAUAAUUGAACACUUAUAGAGACUCUUCAUGAAUAGAUUAUGCGCGCAAUACAAAAGAAUUUGAAAUUUCAUUAGCACUGUAAUGAGUAGGAUGCGAAUUUUUAUUCAUUUAUAGAAAAUUUAAAAUUGCAAAAACGCACGAGAUGCAUAUGACAUGCAACAUAUUCAAAGUAUAGUUAUUAUAAAACUAUCAUUUAGUUAGUAUAGUUGCUAUAAAACAAAGUAUACUUAUUAUAAUAUACAAUAAUUGAAAGAUAAAAAUUCCUACUUAAAUAUCAUUUCUUUAAUUAGAUUUGUAAAAAUACGGAUCUGUAUAAAAAUCCGUAGUCUAAUAAUCAGAUGAUACGACAAUUAUGAUUAUAUUAAUAAAAUUUGGAAUUUAAAAAUGUAUAUACAAGUUAAAAAUAUACCAAAGUAAUUAAACAAUCUAUUAUUCAUAAUAUUAGUCAGAAAAUCAGCAAAAAUAGGGAUCAUAUUUUUCCUUUCCUCAAAUGUUAAACAUAAUCUCACAAAAUAUUGUAGCUUAAUAAUAUAAUAAAUAACUAAUUGUUUAAUUAUUUUGGUGUAUCUUGUAAGUUCUAUAUAAAUUUUCAAAUUGGUCCCAAAUUUUACCAAUAGAUUCGCAAUAAGCAUAUCUCAUUACAGUGCUACCAGUUUUGACAAAUUUCGUAUAACGCACCUAAUAUAUCCAUAAAAAUUUUUCAUGACAACUAUUGUAAUACUUUUGCCAACCACUGUACGUAAAUGGUAAUACUUUCUAAACUUUGAACCAGAAAUAAGAGAGAAAGAGAGAGAUUGUGACAAACGAAGAUACAUCUCUCUGCAGCGAUAUGUACUAUAUAUCGUGACUAAAUAUAUACUAUAAUCACACUAGGAUACAAAGCAGGAAAAGGAAUUCGUAGAAAAUAGUAACGCAACAGGAAAGAAGGCAAGUUCGCGUAGGCUAACUAAAUCGGUAUCGUAUUCUUGCAUAAGUUGAAAGUUUUACGCCGAGUUUCUAAAUAUAGCGCUUAUCUUUCGACUUGCUAAACUGGUCCCCAGUUUCAAUUUUUUGCCACGUUACAUUUCAUACCGGCCAGGGCAGCGCGAGAAACGAGACGCAGCGAUAAAAUCGUACCUGAACUCGUGCUAGAACAUGGCUAAAAAACGCAUGCUUCGUUUUCAUUUGCGGGACGGCGUAUGAAGAGGAAAAGCAACAUAGCGGAUUCAUUGCAGAGGAGAGUGUAACAACGGAAAGGGAACCAUUACAUCGUCCGAUAUCUUUGUACUAAGGCUCAACGAUGAGAAAACGUGUCCGUGUACAGAGAAAAAAGAAUCAAUAAAAAAAAAGAUAAUAAGAACAAAAGGAGUAUUAGAGUUUGUAAUGACGAAAUUCUUGAGCGUUCAUAGAUCAAUGUACAAACAUAGUAAAAAAUUAAUGGUACCUCCUAAAGACUAAACGAUCGCAGGCCAUUUAAUCCGCCGCUUUAUAGGUAUCUUAACGAUUAUCGAAAACGUGUUCGAGUUACGCGAGUUACUGUCCAAGCGAUAGACAAGAAGUAACACAGACGGUUCGAUAAGUUACACAUUUACAAAAGUGUCUCGUCGAGAUUCGAAACGCACGAAAAUGACACAAACACUUGCUUCGAGAAAAUUCUUCUCUUCGACGGAUUUGUUUUCACUUUGUUUUUUUCAUUCAUUUUUUUCUUUUACAUGUAACAUUAAAAGCUGACAACGUUUUUCGAGAGUACAAAUAAUAAAUCAUCACUCGAGAUACAA